AUGGUCAAGGCCGUCGCUGUCGUCCGUGGUGACUCUAAGGUCACUGGUACUGUCACCUUUGAGCAAGAGUCCGAGUCGUCGCCCACCAUCAUCACCUGGGACAUCACCGGCCACGACCCCAACGCCAAGCGUGGCAUGCACAUCCACACCUUCGGCGACAACACCAACGGCUGCACCUCUGCUGGCCCUCACUUCAACCCCCAUGGCAAGACCCACGGCGCCCCGACCGACGAGAACCGCCAUGUCGGCGACCUUGGCAACAUCGAGACCGAUGCCAACGGCAACUCCAAGGGCACCAUGACUGACCAUCUCGUCAAGCUGAUUGGUCCUGAAAGCGUUAUUGGCCGCACUGUGGUUGUUCAUGCUGGCACUGAUGACCUCGGCAAGGGCGGCAACGAGGAGUCGCUUAAGACCGGCAAUGCUGGCCCGCGCCCUGCUUGCGGCGUUAUUGGCAUUGCCCAGUAA